CUAGAUUGGAAUCUUGUAGCCGAACCUCACCACCAAUCAUCAUCCGAACCCUUAUCCGAACCAAAAUCCAAAUUAGGAAACGACAACCAAAUCGUAAAAUUACCCGCCUUCCCCACCUAUCGGCGGGUGUCUCAAAUCUUCCGGCAGCGGUGUAGCUUCCCCUUCUGCUCCGGCCUAAACCCUAAUCGCACCCGCCUAAAAAAUUUCCAACCUAUUCUGUUAGGGAAUCAAUCGCCGCGGCAGAGUUAUCGAAGGCCGCACUUAUCCGAGGCUAUCCUCCGCGUUAAAGCUAUCCUUGUAUCUUUUCCGAGAGUCCGGGAACACUCCCUAAGAAUUCGUGUGGCUCUAUAUACGUACUAUGUUUUUGCUCACCUCUCUUUUUCUUCUUCUUUUCUUUUGAAUUCAAAGUUGUGUUCUCUAAUUCAGUGUGCAGAUUGGUGAAUUGAAGUUAGGUUAAAGUAUUGGAUUGGAUAUGAGCUCAUUUUAGCAGAACAUGAGUAGAUUAUCAAUCAGGCCGCGUCCACUUGACUUUAACAAGAAGCUUCCUAUAGUCAAAUCUUUCAAGGAUUUCGAUGAUGACAUUGAGAUUCCCUCUAAUACCCGCAACCAGAUUCUCCGCCUUGCAGCUGAAGCAGCAGAAAAUGAGGUACAUCAAGUUUCUGUCAAGAAACUGGCUUCUGAAAUACCUACUCCGGAGUCUGUCAUCGUAGAUACAUAUGAGACUGAUUAUUUGCCCAAUUUUGCCCAACCAACGUCAUAUAUACAUGCAAGGGGAGCUCGAGCUGAGCUUGGGGAAUUUGUGGAGUAUGAUCUUGAUAAUGAAGACGAAGAUUGGCUUCAAGAUUUCAACAUAGAAAGAAAGGCCCUUCCAGCUGAAAAGCUUGAGAUGAUACUGUUUAAACUCGAAGUUUUAGAUCAUAAGGCUCGUGAAAGAGCAGGAGUAAUUACUCCUACUUUUGCUUCACCAAUCCCUGUGCUUCUUAGUUUUGAUGCUGCUGUUGAGGCUUUGCAAUCUAUUUCCACUACAUAUGGAGUUUUCCAGUCUAUUUAUAGCUACUGGAAAGAAAAGCGUGAAAGAUGGCAGAAGCCCAUUCUUCGGCGCUUGCAGCCACCUCCAUCUGUUAAUGAUACUAACCCAUAUAAUGUAUUUAGACCAAGGGAAAAGGCUCACAGGCUUCACACUAGGAGGAUGCAAAGGAGGGAAAACAAUGUUCAAUCCUUUGAAAAGCUUCGCCAGGUUAGACGCAACCUUGAACAAGCAAAGUCCAUUCUUGAUACUCUUGUGAAGAGAGAAGAGAAAAAACGAGACCUUAUGGAGAGUGAAGUUAGCCUUCAAAGGAUUCAAAUGCAACAUAAGAAUGAUACUGAGCUUCUAAAAGAUAUGUUUGCCCUACAAGGAUUUCAUUCAUUUCCAAGCAUGGUUGAUUCAAGUGAUGAGGAAUUUGUUGACUCAGAUGAUGCUGAUCUUAGCCACCUACCCAAACGACCUUAUAUGGCGGUACAUAAUCUUCCUUCCUUCGACCCAAAGAUCAGGUUGGGUUCUGCAGGAAGCAUGAGGCGAGUGUUCAAACGACGUCAGGCCCCAAAUGGAUGGCUCCAAAAUUUGGAGCCUGGGGAACCUGUUUUGCUGUUCACAAAGCCUCUGGAUCCCGAGAGACUGGCAGCUGCAGGCAUUUCUAUGCCUCCACUAACAAGUUCUUUUCCACGCUGUCGUGGGCGUAUUGGCCGGGGUGGGCGACUGGUGUUUGAUAGGUGGAACCCGCUUAUGCACACACCAAUUGAUUGUGGAGAUGCUUUAUACGUAGCACCAAAGCCUCAACAAGCCUCUCAUUUCUGACAGUCAAUUCCCAAGCUUUACAGAGUACUGCGUGGAUAUCAUGGAAAGCUUUGCUGGUAGAGAGAGGGAGAGAGAUCAACCAAUUGUUUCAAGUUAGUUGCUUUCUUUUCAAAGCUAUUACACAUUAGUCAGAUAAGAUACUCUAACUGUAAUUUGUGGAAAUGUAAUAUUUUUUGUUUAAGUUAUAAUGAAUUAUCAUGCUCCAUCACUUUUCUUGAUCCGCUUUUCUUUUGUGGAAGUUUGUUAUUACUUGCUCCAGCUUCCAUUUUGACCAGUGUCACAAUAUCGAAACACAAGUCUUCUUACUUUUUGGUAGUCCCUUGUCUACCUUUUGAUAUUCU